AUACAAGUUUUGAACUAUGUUAUUUACAAUACUUUUCCACCUAACUGCUGUGUUGACUGUUACAGCACAAAAGAACCUUACACCAUUUGGUGAGGCUACACUAAGCUCUUCAGCGCAUAAUACUAAACCAGAAAAUGCAAUUAACCCACCGAUAUCAAAUACUUGGAGUGAAACGUAUUGUACACACACUGAUUAUGGUCAAAUCACAGCAUGGUGGAUGUUUAAUUUUUCUUUUGGAUCUGCGUUCAUAACAGACGUAAAAAUAUAUUACAGAGGCAGCUCUCGACAUCGGAUGGAUGGAUUUAAAUUGUAUAUAUCUAAUGCUUCAACUAUUCCGCCUUCGGAAUAUGAUCUCUGCUAUAAAGAUCCUCAAGGCACUCCUUAUCCAGAGAUCACUCAGACUAUUCCCUGCUAUCAACUUGGACAAUAUGUUAUUUAUUAUGAUGAUGUGGUCGGAUACGGUGAUCGUGCAAGCUUCAUUGAAUUAUGUUAUGUCGCAAUAAAUGGAUGUGAAAAAACAUUUUGGGGAAGCAACUGUACUAAGUCCUGUACAGAACGAUGUAUAGACCGACAUUGCUAUCCUGGAAAUGGUUCAUGUGUUUUGGGGUGUAACACUAAACAUUGUUUAAAUGAUCGUUGUGAUAGCAGCACUGCUGUGUGCACCAACGGUUGUCAGAGAAGAAGAACUGGAACUUAUUGCAACAAGUACAACAUUGCAACUGACACUUUAGUCUCACAGGUUCAUUUUGAUACCAAAACGGCUAAUCUAGCAAAUGAUGGAGAUAAAACAACGUGUUUCAAGAGUAAAGGAACUAACGUACGGAUUCAGGUUGACAUGACGGAAAUACGAAUAGUGACAGAAAUUUAUCUUACCGGCAAAGUGAACACAACAACACAGGGCCGUGUACAUACAAUUUACGCUUCAAAUUCCAGUGGUGAUCCGAAAGAGGGAACUGUUUUAUAUCAUGGGGAAUGGUUACCACAAAGUAUCAGCACCAAUGCUACUGUCAGAUACUUGACAUUUGUACCAGAUAAUAAGAGUUCAGUGAUAGAACUUGAUAUUUGUGAAAUUGGGAUCGUUGGAUGUCCUUCUACACAGUAUGGUCCACUUUGUACAAUAAAAUGUCCAUUAAACUGUCAUGGACCGUGUGAUCUUGACACAGGAAACUGCAUAUCAGGUUGUUCAAAUGGUUGGAUUGGUGAAAAAUGUGGCCAGGCAUGUAGUUCUGGUUUUUAUGGACAAGAAUGUCUUCUUAAUUGUUCAAUAAAUUGCUUAACACCACCAUGUGAUCAUACAACGGGAGGCUGCAAUGGUGGAUGUUCUAGUAGAUGGGAGGGAUUCAAUUGUACACAAGUUUCAGCGAGAUCAGAACUCCAGGAAGAGCUUAACGGGGCAGCGAUAGGUGGAGGUAUUGGUGCCGUUAUUGCAGUCAUUUUAAUUAUGAUAGCAGGAUGUUUUAUAUACAAACGAAACUUAAAGUCACCAACUGAUAAAUAUUCAGGCAAUACAAAAUCAAUUCAAAAGACUGCCUCUCAAUGGAACAGAGGAACCAAUAAUGGAAACAAAUAUGAAAAUUCAGCAAUAACAUUAGAUCCAGAUGAAUUGAUCGUUUACCUUAAAGACACAAAAGAAACUGAGGUACCAUUUGAAAGCGAUGAAACUGUGUACAAUAAUGUACCAAGUGAACAGUUUGCCUACAAGAUAAAAAUUGAAAAUUUAAAGGACGCUAUUAAUGAAAAACUGAAAGAUGAAGGUUUCAAGAAAGAAUACGAGAUAUUACCAAAAGGUCUUGUCCGAGGACAUUUUGAGGGUUCAAAAGAAGAAAACAAAGUUAAAAAUCGUUUCCUCACAACAUGGCCUUAUGAUCAUUCACGUAUUGUGCUGAAAGGAAACACAAAGACUGAUUAUAUUAAUGCUAGCUACAUUGACAAUUAUGACAAAGAAAAGGCCUAUAUAGCGAGCCAAGGUCCAAAGAGUAAUACCGUAAGAGAUUUCUGGCAUAUGAUAUGGCAGGAGACCGUUGGGAAAAUUGUCAUGGUUACACAGCUGAAAGAAGGAAGAAGGGAAAAAUGUAUACAAUAUUGGCCUGAUACAGUUAAUGACCCAAUGAUAGUUGAUAAUUAUCGUCUUACCAUGACAAACGAACAGGAACAUACGAUUUAUGUAUACAGACGGAUAACUAUAUCCAAUCAUACAAAUAAGGACGCGAGAGAAAGAAGCAUUCACCAGUACCAUUUCACCCAAUGGCCAGACCACGGUGUCCCUGACAGCAUCAAAUUGGUCCAGUUUUACAGGAAAGUCAAACGUGAUCACUGUGAUCUUAAUGGACCCUUGGUUGUACAUUGCAGCGCUGGUCUUGGAAGAACGGGAACAUUUAUUGCUAUAGACGCAAUAUAUGAGCACGGCAAGAAAGUUGGACACGUUGAUAUAAUGGAGUAUGUUCAGAUGAUGAGGAAAGACAGAAUGAAUAUGAUACAAACACAUGAACAGUAUGAGACAGUAUUUGAAGCACUGCUAGAAUUAUUUACAGUACCAGAAACAGCUAUUCCAAAGAAAGAUUUCUGUAAAUAUAUUGAAGAUCAGGAAUGUAAGACAUUACCGAAAAACCAAAAAGUGUACAAACGGGAGUUUCAGGUUAGACAAUUAACACCAAUUAUAGCACUAUGUAAAUGA